CUUCCUAAUACAGUUCUUUGGCCAGCAAGCCGUACAUUUGUAGAAAUCAACCUUCACGUCUCGAUGUCACGUGAUAUAUAUAAAUUACCUUGAACCGCUGGACCACUUCGGGGUAUCCGCCAUCACAGACACCGGCCAACCAGCCACAACCGCCGCAAUGCCAAAGCCCCUUUUCCUCACGCGGCCUUUGGACUCCCCCCACCAGUCCCUCCUCUUCUUCUUCAUAGCAUAUAAGUCCCUAGUCCUCUUAAUCGCCCUCUUCAGCCCUGGCCCCGGUUACGAUACAUCUGCCAGCAUUCUCACCCUCCCUGUCAACGAUGGCUCAUCCCUGACCAUGUUUUUCGAGCUCCUCGCUGAGAAACUGACAUCCUGGGAUGCCAUCUACUUCACCACAGUCGCGAGACGCGGCUAUCUCUAUGAGCAGGAAUGGGCAUUUGCAUGGGGCUGGACGCACCUGAUCUCAUUUUUCUCCUCCGACCUCGGUCAGACCUCCCUCGCCUACCUCCCACUUGAAAGCCUUGUAGGUGCCACCAUCGCCCACGCCUCCCAUGGUCUCUCAGUCUUUGCGCUCUACCACCUUGCCUGCGCCAUCUUCCCUGGCCCAUCUGGGCCACAGCUAGCUUUUAUCGCUGGAUGCCUGCACAUCCUCUCGCCCGCCGGGAUCUUUCUCACCGCUCCAUGCGGGGAGAGCACUGCUGCAUUUUUAACCUUUGCCGGGGUUCUGUUUUUUGCCUGGGGUGUGCCUGUUGGUGCUGUCUCAUCGCUGAAGCAGGAUGGGUUCAUGGUGCUUGCGGGCUUGACGCUGGGGUUGGCAACCACAGUGAGGAGUAAUGCGCUGCUAAACGGCAUUGUGUUCGCGGAGGAGGCGGUGCUGGUUGCGUGGAGUGUUAGAAAGGGGUUGUCGGUCCAGAAAAUCAGACGAUUGGCUGCUGUAGGAGUUGGUGGGUGUUGCAUCGCUGUCGGCUUCUUGCUGCCACAGUACAUUGCCUAUCAAGAGUACUGCUCUUCCACCUCACCUCGGCCGUGGUGCGCGAGGUUGGCUCCUAGUAUUUACACUUUUGUGCAGGAACACUACUGGGACGUGGGCUUCCUCCGCUACUGGAAAGUAUCCAACAUUCCACUCUUUCUUCUUGCGGCACCGGCCCUUGUGAUUCUUUUGUCCUCCGGUCUCCGCACCGUAGACCUCACAUCAAGGGAAACGACCAGGCCCUCACACAAGGUUGACCACUACAAAGUGACUCCCGCUGAACGCGCCCUCUCACAACGCACGAUCCGCCUGCUCAGGAGCCUGGCGUAUCCGCAGAUUGUUCUCGCAGUUCUCGCGAUCACCAAUUACCAUGUCCAGAUUAUUACGCGCCUAGCAUCUGCGUCGCCGGUGUGGUAUUUGUGGCUAGCAUAUAGCUUACUAGACGCCGGACAGGCUGAUGGGAAGACGAAAGUAAGAAGUAGGUGGAGCGGUUGGGAAGGAGGUGUGGUUAUGUACAUGGUUAUGUAUGGACUUAUCCAGGCGGUUCUGUUUGCAUCGUUCCUUCCGCCUGCAUAGCGUAUUUAGGUUAACGGCUCCGUGAGUGCCUUCUACUUUUGUACUAUCAAAUAUAAAUAGUGUUUAUCAG